CGCUCUAUGUAGGCAUUUUAUGGCGAAUUUAGCCAACGAAAUGCCGCCGUUACAUACGGCGGAAGCCCUGGCCGGGGUGUCUACGCCGGCCUCCUCUCAGCCCUUAACAGCCGGAGGAUCAGGGCCAGCAGCUGGUAAUAAUACCAACAACUCCGGCAUAGAUUCCACCCAAACCAAUGAUACGGAAUCAGCCCAACAUAAUAUCGGCUCUUCCACCAACUCUACACAAACCCAAAACAACAGCAAUAAUACCAUUUCAGCGGCCGCCGAUUCUUCGGAUAAUCAACCUGGCACUCCACAACCUCAAGUGGCCAGUAAUACAGAGCAAGCUCAGCCUCAACAACAACAACAACACCAGCUGCAACCAGCUCCUUCAGCUGCCCAUCAUCCUUAUGCUAAUCAUCAUAUGUAUGCCAACAAUCAACCAUCUACCACCACCGCCUCCAACUCCCACCUAAAUCAAAUGUACUCGCAUCACAUAUACUCGCAAUCGAAUAUGGAUAUGCAACAGCAACAACAGCCACAACCACAGCAUCAUCAGCAGCAGCAACAAUUGCAACAACCUUUGACUCCUACACAACACUCUGGCUAUCCCUCCUAUCUCAAUUCCUACGAACAAUUCUAUCAGCAACAGCAGCAGCAACAAAAUCCCUCACAAUCCUCCAGCCAUGCCCACAAUCCCCAACAAAUGGAUUUCAUCAAUUCCAAUUCGAAUUCCAUGUAUUCGGCCUCGGAGUAUAAACAGCAAUCGGGAGUGCGCUAUCAUCCUUAUUUGCAUACACCCACCUCGGGUAUACCCUCGGUGAAUUCACAAAAUUCCAAUUCAAAUAAUGCGCUGGACGCCUCCAAUGCACCCACAGCGCCGGUAGUUUCCAGUGCUUCUUCCUCGGCCAUGAGUCCGCGUGUGGUUAGCUCCACCAGUCCUUCUUCCUCCAGCAAUCAAAUGCCAAUUAGCGGUAGUGCCAGCAGCAUUGGCAGCCUAAGUGCUGGUAAUCCCAGCUCUCCCAAUUCGGCCGGCUCAUCUCAAUGCAAGAAAUGUGGCAUAAUGUGUACCAAUGAAUCGGAGCUGCAGGAACAUAUAGCCAAUGUGCAUGGUGCCUCGCCCUAUGGCAGCAGUGGCUAUGCCAGUUCGCCCUAUAUUAAAGAGGAACUGCAGCAACAAACGCCACCUGCCCAAAGCCAACAGCAGCAGCAAACUUCCAAUGCUCCCCCAACCAGCCAAACCGUUAAUCCGGGAGAAAUAUUGGAUUUAGACUCGCAGAAAAUGUUAUAUCCUCCCGUUGCCGGCUCUAUGGCUGGCAUGAUGCAGCAUCCAUCAUUAAACAACACCGAUCCUUUGCAUGGUUUACACAGCAUGCAACAAAGAGCUGGCAUGAACUCUUGGGACCAGCAGUCACAAGAAGGACUACCGCCCUAUUUGCAGCCGCAACAGCAGCAACAAACUGCCACAGAAUCCAAAAAUCUUCCCCAACACUCACCCUACUACCAACAAUCACCCAAACAGUCGCCCUAUCAUGUCUCCAACAGCUCAAAUGUCAUGAAAACGGAAUAUCAUCCUUUAAUUAAAAGUGAAUAUCCGCCGGAUACCCAGCAAUACAUAACCGACAAGUCUUUUGAUCCCACACAACCCCAACAGCAGCAGCAGCAACAACAAAUGAUGCCUCCUGCUGUCUCCUCCAGCCCGGCUGAGUUCCCCUCCACCACCACCGGGGGACCCCAGGAGAAUAUUGCUGCUCAAACUGUUAACAAUACCCAACAGUUUCGUGCUGCCAACUUUGAGCCACCCUCCUCAAGUUCGGCCACCAUAACCACGGGUCCCUUAAGCGGCAAGGCAGCCAACUGGAAGUCCAAUGAGGCCAGAAGGCCCAAGACCUACAACUGCACCGCCUGCAACAAAUGGUUUACCAGUUCGGGACACCUAAAAAGACACUACAAUACAACUUUGCAUAAAAAUGCUGUCAAAUCCAGUGGUCAGCCAGAUCCUGCCACUUUGCCCAUAUCGGUGCACCAUCAUCCGGCUAGAGAUCCAACUGGUAAGUCCAGCAGAAGAGCGGCUGCCGCAGCCGCCGCUGCAGCAAAUAACCAACAGCAGCAGCAGCAGCAACAAGCGCCAAAUCCGGUGCAGCCUCCCGAACCGCCCAAUAGUCCGCCAGAUUAUGGCGGGCCCCAGGUGGCAGCUGGUGGCUUAACGCCUUUGUCACACUAUGCUGCCACUCCCUCGCCCAACAGCAUGUAUCAGCAGCAACAGCAGCAGUAUCAGCACAACCAAUACAUAACGCAAGUUCAGUCUACGACAAACGCUUCGCCACAGCAUGCUAGCACGAUGGCGGGUUUAGCGCCCAACAGCCAUCAUUUAAAUCAACAACAGCAGCUAUUAUUAAACCAACAACAACAACAACAAACCGUAAUGAACGGUCACCCAAACGCGUUAGCAGGCCCCUCCGUCCCACCAACUCAACAACAAACGCCAAUGCCGUCCUCCCAAAUGAGGGGCCUGCUGAACUCAACAACCACAACACCCAUAACAACAUCACCACCAGCAAUCACAAUGCAUAUAAUAAAGACCGAACACUUGGAGGCGGCAACCAUGGAGGAUCAGGAGGAGGAGCAGGAGGAGGAGGAGGUAUUAACCUACAUAACGGAUCCGGAAGAGGAGGUGCAAGAGUUGGGCUACCUCACGAGAGUGCAAGUGAAACAGGAAUACCCGGAGACGGAAGUUCACAGCAUCAUGUACUCGCCAAAGUCCGACAUGGACUUGCAGCAGGAACAAUUGGAGGAGGAGCACCGGCAGCUGGCAUCGCCACACCAACAGGAACAGCACUUGGAAGUGGGGGAUCUCAGGGCAGUGGAUCACAGUGUGGAACACCACCACACCACCACCACCAGCAGCAGCAGCCAGCUAACCACCCUCAAUCAAAUCCAGCAUUAUCAGCUGGACCAGCAGCAGCAGCUGGCGGACAUGGAGCGUCACUAUCACAACUCCACGCCCAGCAGCACUCACAGCAGCAGCAACAGCAACACCCAGGACCACUCGCCCCUUAUUAUCUCCCACCAACAAUACCAGGAGGAGCAGCAGCAGCAGCAACAGCAGCUGCUGCCGCCACACCACACACUGGCUCAGGGCACUUAUACGGUCACACAAACCCCGCCGUCGCCGCCGCAGCAGCAGCAGCUGCCGCCUCAUCACAGUAUAAUGGAUCAACAGCCUUACAUCAACAUGCCUUUGGCUAUCAACACGCAGCAGCCGCCCAACAGUAUGCAGCAGCUGCCGCAGCAGGAUACUAUCAUCCCCAUCACCACCACCACCCCCAUCAAUAUGGUCAAUAUGCUGCCGCCCAGCCACCACAUGCCGCUGCCGCCGCAGCAGCAUACGGAGCUGCAGCCGCUAGUCAAUACGCAGCAGCAGCCGUUGGACACAAUCAAUACCAAUACCCCGCACAUGCUGCCGCCGCUGCACACCACCAUCAGCAACAUCACCAACAUGGCAUCGUACCACCCACUGCAACCGGCGGCCUCAGUACUGCCACCUCAGGACCACACGCAGACCUAUCCUCACACUAUUAUUGGUAGUCAGGAUUAUGUGAAUGUGGAUUAUUAUGGCAAUGUAUUAAACAAUGUUCAUCCCCACCAGUACUUACAGACCAGUGAUGGACAGUUUCUGCAAUUGAUCACGUCAGGCGGAACCACCUUGUAUUCGACUAGUCAAGCCUACAACCCAUUUAUGGCACAGAGAUCACCCCAGGAAGGAGAUCUACCGCCCAUGACUCAACAUUAUCAGCAGGAGCCAACAAACACCAACACCACCACCACUACCGUAAUCGUUUCACCACCCUCCGGCAUCUACACACCCUCAAAUUCACCACCUUCCGACAGCAACUCCUCCGACCAGGAAUACAGAGUUUCCUACACCGAGGACUACAUCAGCAGCAAUUUCAAUGAGGAACUGCCGCCGCCACAGCAGCAGCAGCACCACCACCAACACGACCAUCAAACCCUAGUGGAACUAGACUCUAAACACAGCCUACAAGAAGCUGAAUUAGUAACCACCACUACCACCACCAACCAACCAACGACCAACUCCAAGAAACGCAAACGUAAUCCCAGCACUUCCAGUUCGGUAGGAGCCAACAGCACCGUUUUACCCAGUGGCCGCAUCAAGUGUCUGCCCUGCGACAAGGAAUUCACCAAAAUCUGCUACCUCACGCAACACAACAAAAGUUUCCAUUCCGGUGAGUAUCCUUUUCGUUGUCAAAAAUGCGGCAAACGCUAUCAAUCCGAAGACGUUUACAUUACCCAUCUGGGCAAACACAAAACCACCGACAAAGCCCACAAAUGUGACAUUUGUCCCAAACAAUUCCAUCACAAAACCGACCUGCGCCGCCACAUCGAAGCCAUACACACCGGCAACAAGCAACAUUCUUGUGAUAUUUGCGAAAAGAGCUUCUGUCGCAAAGAUCAUUUGCGCAAGCAUCUCGAGACCCACAAUCGUCCGCGUAUCGUGGGCAAAAAGCUCAGCCAGAAAGCCAACAAUGGUGGUUUAGCACAAGCUUUUGCCAAAGCUAAUAAAAACUCCAAAGACCCCUUGAAUAAUAAUAAUACAGUGUUAGGAAAUGCCACUACCCAACUACCUUCCCUUAGUCCCAGUGAUUUAGUUGUUGUAGCAAAGCAAAUGAACGCUUUGCCUUCCAUGAACGCCCACUUGAAUGAAGGAAAUUCUUUGAGUUCGGCUGCCACCUCAACUCCCUCGCCGCUCAUGCAGCAUGUAGAUGAUGUGGCAGUCGAUGAUGAGGAUUUAUUAGAUGACGAACUGGAUGAGUUUGAAAGUAAUCCAUUGGAUGAAGAGUUUCUCACCAUGAACGACUACGAACAACAAAUCCAUGAUAUGAAUCAAGAACCGCAGACUCGGUAUGUGAUAGGGAACAAUAAACAGGUUUAUCAGUUAAUCGAACAGGAAUUGCCCAUGUAUUAGGGAUAGAGAGAGAGCGAAAGAAAUUUCCAACAG